AUGCCUCCCCCCAAACCUUCUCUCAACGAACUAAUGCAGACCGUCAAAGCCAACGUCAAAAAGUAUCGUGCAGAACGACCGUCUCUGUUAAAACCUACAACAUCAAUGCUCAAAAUGGAUGAACCUGAAAUUGAAUCCUCCUCCCGUGCUGCGGAUCAAGAAGUGGACACUGUUGAGAUCUGCCCUGAACACCCAGAGUACAUGAUCAUUGGGACGUAUUCGCUGGUGAAAAAGGGCGAACCGUGCGACUACGAAGGCCAAAGCCGCCGGGGAACACUACAAGUCAUGACCGUUGCUUCAAAUCCCCGGCCCAAAUACGCCGGUAUGCUGCCUCCGCAGCUCGAUAAGGUGGCAUUCUCCUGCGCUGUGCUGGACAUACAUUUCCACCCUACGGACAGAUCACUCCUGGGCGUUGCGACAAGUAAUGCUGAGAUGCAUUUCUUUCGUUUUAUUAUCCACGGCGAUGUGCUGGGUCGAAGAACGAUAACGAAACUCCUUCUGCUGGGAACUAUAACGGUGGCAGAGAAUGACGAGCAUGGGCUCGUCCCGUUGGUUACGCAAUUCACAUGGUUUCCUGAGAUCCGAACACGUGGAGUAUCUGGAAUCAGCGACAUGGAGGAUAUCUCAUUUGCAGCGACGACCUCAUUCGGAGAUGUCAAGGUCAUCAAGACUUCCAUUCCGGCGAUCAAGGUCCUCUUUGAUGAUCGACUGUCUCAACCAUCAGAUCCGAUACCAGUGAUUUCCACUGAUAUCCACAAACAUGAUCUGGAGGCCUGGACGGUUACCACAAUCACCCUCAACUCCUCCGAAAGCAAGAGCAAUGCCAACCACUGUAUGAUCCUCAGUGGAGGCGACGACAGCGCCUUGAUCGCAUCCGCGGUUGGUCUUCCCAGGAUAACAUCCCAACCGAAUUCUCCAUCCAUCUCCCCAUCUGACAUCCCAGACAUCAUUGUUCAGCCCCUCUGGAAAGACCGCCGCAGCCACACCGCAGGUGUAGUGUCAAUCCUCCCACUCCUAUUCCCGAACAAUAGUGGCCUUGACACGGAGCACGAAACCAUCUCCUUUGUAACAGGCAGUUACGACGAGUACCUCCGCGUUUUCGAACUCGACGCGAAGACGCUCCGCGCCCAUUUCAAGACCGAGCUAAGACUCAAUGGCGGCGUAUGGCGGUUGAAAAUUUUAGAUCAGUACGAUACUACAAGCGAGACGUCCGUGACUGCAAGCACGGGCCCUUCUCCAAACACCAUAUACCAGAGUGGGACAAGGAUGGAACGGCACCAAAACACUCUCAUCCUAGCAUCCCUGAUGCAUGCCGGUGCCGCGGUCCUUCGCCUGACAUACUCGUCUCCUUUCGACAGCUCGCAAGGAACAUGGACAAUCACACUUGUCAAGACCUUCCGCACCGGUCACGAGAGCAUGGUCUAUUGCUGUGACGCGAGGCGGGACACCGGGAACGAGGCGCUUUCACAGAAGGAAUCCACGCCGACGUACACGGUCGUCAGUACCAGUUUUUACGAUAUGAAAAUCUGUGCAUGGACGUUUGCGGAUCAAUUCAAGGGGCAGAUUCCGGCUCCACGUUAG